AUGGCUAAGAACAAGAAGGGAGCACGCGGGGCCAAGGCUGCCCGUCUACGUGCUGCCGCGGCGUCCACUCGGCCUGCCCGGCAUCUCGAAACACCCCAAGCUCUCUCUCGCAGCUUUGCAGAUGCACACUCAUCAAAUGGUCUGUCAACUCCGGUGCAAGGCCUCCUCGGUCCCUCCUCGCGAGUUACUAAUGCCAUUUCCACAGCUCAUGGCUUCACGUUGCAAGACGAGGCCAGAAAUACGACUCAUGGCACGUCCGACUGGGACCGAGCCGCCAAGCUAAGGGACAGGCCUGUUGCCUUUGUUAGUGCCGGCCUCAUCGAGCCUCUUCCGGAGCUGCAUGCUGAGGAGGACACUGCCGGCCAAGGCAAGGCAGGCGCUGUUGAAGCGGUGGCUCGAACCGGGGGUAAUGGCGACGUCGGCACAGGCGGAAUUCUUGACUCUCCUGGUCAUCACCCACCAGCAAAAAAUGGACCAGACAAUGCCCCGGCAGACAACGAGUCGGCCGCCUCUUUGAGAGAACUAGAUCCACUGGAUGCCAGCUCGAUAGCGCCAUUCUUCUUUGACACGGCCGGAGAUCCAGCCCUUGGCACAACCUCCGGACGUCCAGUCACGGUGCCAGAGUACGAUCGCGGCUCACCAGGCGCUGAGUCGGACUCGAGCGAGGAUGUCGUCCUCUUCAGAGGCAGGGAGUCAAAAGGUUGGCAGGGAGCACCGCCUUUGGGCAUGACGGCCAUCCGGCGAGAGAUUGCCGCGGUCGAGUCAAGUCUUGACCCGCCGACAAUCCAGCGUCCCGUGCACCAACCCCGAGCUGCGCUUGAUGACUCGCCUGCACAGGCGUGGACCGCUUAUGAAAGACCUGCUGACGAUGGAACACAGUCGUCCGUGCGCAGUAAUACGGAUGAUGAGCAGGAUGGCGAAGAUGCCAUCCUUGCCGAUUACAUCAGGAACAUGGACGAGGACGGCAUAGCAGGCCUUCUCCAGCAGUACCAGAUUGUCUCACGGGCUCUAGAGGGCUCCUACAACGCUGUCGUAUUAGAUAAUUCGAGCGAGAGUGCAAGUGGCUCUUUCCAAGACGAGGAGGACGGCGAUUUGCGAGACGACAUGGGUCCGAGCAGCCGACACUCGCCUGCUUCAGACGACAAGGCUUUGGGAGAUGGAAUGGAUGACGACAGAGAAGCUGAUCGUAUGGACGCCGAUAUCGACGAUGCCCAGCUCGCCGCGCUGUUUGCCAAACAGGAGGAGCUCGGGCUGGACGGGGAUGAGCUACUCGUAUUCGACGAGAGUUAUGCCACAUCCACCAAGCCCCGGGCGAGAGGUAAGAAGGCUUCGGUACGGGGCUAUCUAGACGCACCGGGCAAAGUGCAGGAUCGAUCCGCCAGUGCCCUGGCUGACGCAUUUGACAACUUUGACCUGUCCAACUGGUCCGCUUCUAGCCUGAACAAGAAACCCAAGGGUGCGCGUGGUCGCCCAUCGUUCGACGUGUCUGAUUCGGAACUCGAAGAGGCGCUGCAUACAGCAUGGCAGAAAGAUCGGCUACGCAAGAAGGAGAAAAAGGCGCAGCGAGAGGAGCUUAGGGCGCAGGGCCUCCUUGGCAAACAUGCGAACCCCGAUGAUCCCCGCGUCAAAUACAGGGGCGGCCUGAGUCUGGAGGCUCUCAGCAUGGAACUACGGGCCUUUCUCCUCGGCUCUGAUGAGAUCCUCCGUCUUCCGCCCAUGGACGCGUCUGCGCGCAAGAUUGUCCACGAGAUUGCCAACCGUUUCAAAAUCAAGUCCAAGUCCACCGGCAGCGGCGACCAGCGACGACCGGUCCUGCACCGCACCAAGUACACGGCCAAGUUUGGAGAGACAUCGUUCGAGGCGGCGUUUGCCCGCAUCAGGCGCCGCCACUUCCCACGUCCUGACGAGAGGGGCCGCGCGCCGAAGCGUCCGGCUGGUGCGGGCGGCCGCAUCAAUCACGCGGCUGUCACCUAUCGCGAAGGCGAGGUCGUAGGCGGUUCAGCCCCGGAGAUCGCAGAAUCGAAUCGGGGUCGCGCCAUGUUGGAGAAGAUGGGCUGGAUGAGCGGUAUGGCACUGGGCGCAAUGGACAACAAAGGGAUCAAGCAGCCCAUCACCCACGUUGUCAAACGGACGAAAGCCGGUCUGGGAUAA